GGCGCCUACAAUUGAACAGGAAUAGUUAUGCUGCCCCCCACCACCACCACAAGAAAAUGAGUCGAUCUAUAUUUCUGUUAUGCUGCUUCGGCAGCCUGCUUCUUGAAGCAGGUCCCUGCGUGACCGCACCGCCUCCGGUGUCCCAUGAGGAAAGCGUUCACGAGGCGACAGUCAACAUUGAGCACCGCGACAAGGCGACCAUGUACACGGUCACAUUUGCACACCUGCCACUGUAUGUGACAGGCGAUGACUUUGACGCCCAUGUCAUAGGCAACAGUGUUCUAAAGGUCAUUGUUGGAGGCACAAACAACGACUGGUUCUUUAAGCUUGCCGACCCUGUUCCUGACGACAUGACACUCAAGCCUCCAAUUGAGGCUGAAAGGCUAGAGGGAGAUUUUACUGGAGCCGUGUGGAAGGUUUCCGUGCUUGUGCCAAAAAGCUACUAUCCUGCCGCACGCGUGAGCUCCGGCAGCGUGCCCGGUCAGAAACCACCUGCCGGCGGUCCUUUAUCACAGCUACUACCCAGUUUUGCAACCCCGACAGUUGGAGGUGUUACUCCUGAGCUCGACUCACUCGGUGGAGCCGCGCCGACGCCCCGAAUCAGGAGACAUCCUCUUCCAAAUACGAGUGCCGAGUAUCUCUAUCCUCCUGCGACAUACGAUGGUUAAGAGAGGUCGAGGAUGUUGUCGACUGCACACUUCUUGGAUAUGAAAUUCCCAGCCGGGAUUUCCCCGGUUGCGAGGCAUAACAGUUGUGCGAGAACGCCAGAACAACGGUUUUAUGGCGUUUGGCAGACUUUCAGUCCAAGGAAAUUUCUGGCUCGUACAUGCUGUAUAAUUUAAAGUUGUUGUGCU